CUGCAGGCACGGUAUCCCAUCUUACUUCUCUCCAGACCAAUGAUCACCGAUUCAGUUUGGUCUAGUCUAUCUAUUAGCUGCUAAGUGAUAACACAAAUUACAAGUCUUAUAUGGCUCCAGCUUGCUGGUUCUUGGUCUUUGUCCGGGUAUGGUGGCUUCCACUGAUGCUCGCCGGGGCCAAGGAGGAGCAUCUAGGGGAAAACUGCCCGGCUGAGAGGUGCGGCAACCUCACAGUAUCCAAUCCAUUCUGGAUCGCUAACGGGGAGGCGGGAAGAUCGUGUGGCCCCUUGGACUUCCAGGUCGGUUGCUUAAACGACAGCAAUCCAUUUCUCCUGAGCUCUGGAUUCACUGGAUCCACUGGCUUUGGAAUCAUGGACAUCUGGUACGAGGACCGCAAUCUGCGUGUCGUUGAUGUACAUAAAGAGGAAGACUUCAACUUCUCAAAGAGCAGCUGCAAUUUCCCGAGUUGGAACACCUCCAGCAAGCUGGCACUGCCGUUCAAGGUCAACCCCAACAACCUGAACCUCAUCUUCUACAAGUGCACCAAGAGGGUGGCGCUGGUGGAGGUGACUUGCGCAAACGCGAGCAACAUGUUUGUUCGCGCAGGAGUGCGUUUCGAUGAGACAGGAAACUACGCAGACUAUGCCAUGGAGGGCUGUGAUGCUAUCGUCGUGCCGAUGAUGAGUUCGCCAGGCUGGGCCAACGCGAGCGACUACGAACAGUUUAUCAGCCAUGGUUUCCUCUUGACAUGGGAUGAAACUCUUCAACCUGCAACUGCACGUAAGUUCACGCAUCAAAUCAUCUUUUAGUAAAGUCGUAGGCUCGUAGAUAGGGCUAGCCGUAGUGCCAAAUUUUAUUGGAUUUCCCUAAUAGAAACAAGAAAAUAACCAUAGAUGGGUGGCGCUGCAAUACCUUCUACCUGCUGCCGGACAUUCUUGUUUUUAAAA